AUGCUCGCCCAACUAUCUGCCCGUCUCCGUCUGCUCCGGCCUAUCCUUGCCGGUCUUCCUCUUUUCAGAUCUUCCGCGUCCAACGUCACAUCGAGAACAUACUUCACUGCCCUCUCCCGAAGCUCGGAAUCUCCUUUGCGAGUCUCACAAUUCCAGCUGCCCCUAAGCACACAAAUUCAGGUGCGGGGGAUGAAGACGCGCUCGUCGGUGAAGAGGUUAUGUGAUGGCUGCAAGGCCGUCCGCCGCAAGAACCGCGUCUUCAUCAUCUGCGACAAGAACCCUAAGCACAAACAACGACAGGGCAAAUGA